AAAAUAAAAUAUAGUCUGUGAAAUAGGAAAUGUAGAAUGUGAGAAUGGUUUGCAAAUUUAUCAAAGUAUUUUUCCAUUUUCUUAUUUCUUAGUACUAAAUAGUAAUAACGGGUGCUAAUGUCGUGAUUAAAUUAAUAGUCGAUAUAAAUACGUUUAAAAAUUAGGAAACUGUGUAAAUAAAUUUUUAUUUUCACAACAUGUACUCUAGCAAGGAUGCCGCAAACCCUGCUUAUCCUACGCAAUGGGCCUUAAAUCCCAAUGCUUACCAAAACGUAGACUCUAGUCAGGUAGAUUGGGCCGCCCUUGCUCAGCAAUGGAUCGCUAUGAAAGAAGCUGCGGCAAUCGUUACGGCACCUCCGCCGCCAUCGAUAAAAGCCGACACGGAAGAAGGCGAAGCGCCUAUGGAGGUAGAGAAUCCUGACGGUAAUUCUGAAGUGCCCGUACCACCUGGCGCUGAAUGGAAUUCUACAACUAAUACAUGGGGCAACAAUUGGAAUCAGUGGGGAUGGGGAUGGCCUGGAACUGGAGCUGUGGACCCUAAGAUGGUGACGGACAACUCUAUGGCCAUGGCACCUCUCAUGGAUGGUUAUACUGUACCACAAGAUGGUGCUACUGCUAUGGCAGGAUACACAUCUAAUGCUGUACCAGCACCAACAUUCCAGCAUGGAUACUGGACUGCACCACAGGUAGAGUCCUCCAGUGGUAGUAGAGGAAGCAGCCGCAGCCGGGAUAGAAGAUCUAAGAGCAAGAAUCGUGAUCACAAGUCUUCAAGAAGUUCAAGAAGUCAAAGGGAUAAGGCGCCAAUGAUGAUGCCAGUAAUAGAACCUAUAGUAAUUCCUACGGCGAUGCCAACGCCCACCAUUGAUGCAGCUAAACGAAGGCAACUGCCAGCAUGGAUAAGAGAAGGUCUUGAAAAAAUGGAGCGUGAGAAACAAAAAGCAAUAGAAAGGGAGCAGGAGAAACAGGCGCGAGAGGAAGCCGAAAAGCAGAAAAAGAAAUUAGAAGAAGAGGAAUUAGAGAGAAUGAAAGCUGAGGCAAGUGGACAACCCUUACCACCACCCAAGAGCAAAUUUGAAUCGGAUUCAGAUGGUGAAGAAUCAGAAAAAGAUGUAAAGCCAUCAUCUACUCUAGCAGACCAGGAGGAAGCAGAUGCCAAGGAAGCAAGUGUAGAACGAGAGCAGCCUCAUCUAAUCAAGAGGAGUAAAGAGGAGAUCAUGCAGGAAGUGAUGUUGGCGGUCCGUCGGUCACUUACAGAAAUCCUGCUUGAGGUGACAGACCAUGAGAUUCAUAUGGUGAGCCAGGAAGAAAUGGCCCGGUAUACUGCCGCACAAGCAUCGCGCCUCAACGCCAUGAAGGCAAGCAAGUCCAAGGCACUCGCCGCUAUCGCCAGUGGGCUCGGACUGGGCGCGUACGAGAGCAGCAGCGAGGGGAGUGGGGACGAAGACGAACGGAAUGAUUUAACUGAUCAGCAGUUGCAGGAAAUAAUAAAACGGAAGAGGCAGGAGUUCGAGCGGACAUCGCGGGAGAUUGAGGCUGAGGUGCGGCGAGCCGAGCUUCGAGAAGCCGACGAACCGUCCACGCCAGGUGGCGCCACGCCAGACCGGCCGAGGCAGUCACGUUCAUCGGCAACCCCUCCCCCGAUCGACAAUGACACUCCGGAAAAGAUUACAGAACGUCGCUCUUCUAAAGACAAACGGAAUAAUCAUAAAUCGAAUGACAGGGUUGAUGGUAUUAGGAAAUUAGAAACUAUAAUUGAGGAGAAACCUAAAAGGCAAGGCAAGAAAGAUUACACGCCUAGUCCUCAAAAAAGUAGUAAUAAAAUAAACCACAAAAGCAGUUCUGCGUCAUCCAGUGAUUCGGAAGACGAUUCUUCUUCCAGCUCUAAAGAUUCCUCUUCAGAGAGCGAAGUGGAAAUUAAAUCUGGAAGUAAACACUCCAAAAAACGCAAACACAGAUCUAGUUCUAAUGACUCUGUAAAGAAAUCCAAAAAGGAAAAACAAAAGAAAGACAAAUAUAGGUCUGACGACAGAAACUCUUAUUCUAAAUCGCGACACCAGGAUGACUAUGAGAAAUCGAAGAAAAAGAAAGACGAUUAUUAUGAUAGGCAUAAAUCGACGAAGAGUAGGGAUUAUGAGAGGUCGCAUAAAGAUAAAUAUAGGGAUGAGUCCGACGAUGAACGACCCAGGAAGCGCGCGAAGAGAUCUCGAUCUACCAGCUACGAUUCGCGGUUAGGCCGGAGGAGAAGUUCCCACGACCGUUCCGAGGAUCGUUCGCGGAGAAGAGAGAAGAGGUCUUACGACAGGGAUAGUUCGAAGCGGGACAGGUCUUACGAGAGGUCGAGCCGAGACUACAAGUACGAUAGGUAUGAGCGGUCUAGGGAGCACGACCGGCGGCGAUCGCGCAGCGGCAGCCAUUCGCGACACCGCCGAUGAACAUCAGGUUACAAAUGCUGCAGGUCGGGCGAUUAUGCUUGCUUCGCGUGUACAUAUUCAAGUAUUUGUCUAUAGUAUUUUAGUGUGCACUACAAUUCAUGAAUUCAUUACCUUUUCCAACAAAUAAAAUUUUAUUACACGAAA